UUCUGUCUACUCUCCUAAUUAACAAGCUCUCAUGGCUUUUCUUCAAGAAAAGUUUCUUCUUUUGUGUCUUGUUACCUUUAGCAGUUUGUUCUUAGAAGUUUCGUCUCGAGGUGCAGUUUAUCGGCCACCAAACGUAGAGCGGUUGACAGACCGUUUCCCUCGUAUACCGUUCACCCAGGGGAUGUCCACAUUGUUUGGAGAAUCGAAUGUUCAUUUGAAAAGCAAUGGAUCAUAUGCUGAUAUUAUCUUAGAUAAAACUUCAGGUUCUGGAUUGAUUUCGAAAAAUAGAUACUACCAUGGAUUCUUCAGCGCUUCAAUUAAGUUGCCAGCCGGUUUUACUUCAGGAGUAGUACUAGCUUUCUAUAUGUCAAAUGCAGAUCAAUUUGCGCAUAAUCAUGACGAGAUCGACUUUGAAUUGCUCGGAUUUGCGAAAAGAAGGCAAUGGGUUCUUCAAACAAAUAUGUAUGGAAAUGGUAGUGUUAAAACUGGAAGAGAAGAAAAAGUUUAUCUAUGGUUUGAUCCAACACAACAGUUUCAUCAAUACACCAUCCUUUGGAACAAACACCAUAUUGUGUUUCUAGUAGACAACAUACCCAUACGAGAGGUGAUCUACAAUCAAGCGGUUUCAUCAGUGUACCCGUCAAAGCCAAUGUCGCUAUACGCAACCAUAUGGGAUGCUUCAGAAUGGGCCACGAGUGGAGGAAAGUACCCGGUGAACUAUAAAUAUGCACCGUUUGUGGCAUCGUUGGCUGAUCUAGAAAUCGUAGGUUGUUCGAUACAGAAAACGAACGCGACAAACAAUGGUUCUAUAUGUUCUAAAAACGCAACCCUUUCGAGCUCGGAUCCUGUGGAUGGAGAAGAGUAUGCAAGGCUAUCAAAGCAACAAAUGGCUGGUCUAAACUGGGUUAGGGGUAAACAUAUGUAUUACUCGUAUUGUAAAGAUAGAGCAAGAUAUAAGGUGAUGCCAGCUGAGUGCAAUUAAUGUUUAUAUGCCUUUGUGUUUCUUUAUACAAAACAAUCAAAAUUUAUUAACAAUUUUUUUAAAUAGGAUAUGCAAAGUGGAUUGUAAAUUUCCAUCAUUUUUAUUUUCUUUUCAAGUACUAAUGAAAAUAUUGUUACAACCA